UAUAUAUUUUUGUAAUUCAUAUGAAGAAAUAGGAUUCUGCGAUUUGGUGGUGCUGGAGGGUUGUGGGGAUUGGGUUGAUCGGAGCGAUGCACGCGGUGGGUGCCUUAGCGGUGGCGAGGAUGGCGGUGGCGGCUGGGAUGGGCGGGGGAGGCGGCGGAGGGGGAGGGGGGCCGGCGGGGAUGCUGGGGGCGGAGGACAUCGCGUUCGGGUCGCCGUACUGGUUCGCGUACGCGGGGAUCUCGUGCUUUCUGGUGCUCUUCGCCGGGAUCAUGUCGGGGCUCACGCUGGGGCUCAUGUCCCUCGGCCUCGUCGAGCUCGAGAUCCUCCAGCGCAGCGGCACCUCCACCGAGAAGAGGCAGGCAGCUACCAUCCUUCCAGUAGUUCAGAAGCAGCACCAACUUCUUGUGACUUUGCUUUUAUGCAAUGCUGCAGCCAUGGAGGCUCUUCCUAUAUUCCUUGAUAUGAUAUUUCAUCCUUUUGUGGCCAUUGUCUUGUCUGUUACAUUUGUUCUAGCUUUUGGCGAGGUUAUUCCCCAAGCCAUAUGCACGAGAUAUGGAUUAGCUGUGGGUGCUAAUUUUGUAUGGCUUGUGCGCAUUCUGAUGCUUAUCUGUUAUCCGGUAGCUUAUCCUAUUGGGAAGCUUCUAGAUUGUGCACUUGGACAUAAUGAAUCUGCACUUUUUAGACGUGCUCAGUUGAAAGCUCUUGUUUCUAUCCAUAGCAAAGAGGCUGGUAAAGGUGGUGAGCUCACCCAUGAUGAGACUACGAUAAUUAGUGGAGCACUAGAUUUGACUGAAAAGACUGCUGAGGAGGCUAUGACACCUAUUGAAUCAACAUUCUCCUUAGAUGUCAAUUCAAAAUUAGACUGGGAAGCGAUUGGCAAGAUUCUUGCUCGGGGCCACAGUCGUGUCCCUGUUUAUUCAGGGAAUCCCAAAAAUAUUAUUGGCCUUCUGCUGGUGAAAAGUCUUCUCACAGUCCGUGCUGAGACGGAAACACCUGUUAGUGCCGUUUCUAUUAGAAGAAUUCCGAGGGUUCCAGCAGAUAUGCCACUGUAUGAUAUACUGAAUGAGUUUCAAAAAGGAAGCAGUCAUAUGGCUGCUGUUGUGAAGGCUAAGGGUAAAACAAAAAAUCUCCCUCAUGCUGAUGCGGAAAAGACUGAAGAAAAUAAAGAAACGAGUGGAGACUCCAAAAUAAGUACUCCUCUGUUAUCUAAAGUAGAGAAGUCAGAAAGUGUUGUUGUUGACAUGGAGAAGUGGCAAAAUAAGCAGGUCAAUGGAAAUAAACCCACCCAUUUGCAACAGAAUGAUGCAGCAACCAAUGCUGUGGCUCGUUUGUCAGAGGAUAUUGAAGAUGGGGAGGUAAUUGGUAUCAUCACCCUUGAGGAUGUAUUUGAAGAACUCUUGCAGGAGGAGAUAGUGGACGAGACAGAUGAAUAUGUUGAUGUCCACAAGAGGAUACGUGUUGCUGCUGCAGCUGCCGCAUCAUCAGUUGCUCGGGCUCCAUCACUUAGGAGGUUAACAGGUCAAAAGGCAGCGGGAGUUCAAAAUCGGCAAGGACAACAGCCAGCUGGAAUCCUAAAGAAGCCUACUGAAGGGGAAUCGAAUACACCUAGACAUCAAGUGAAUCUUGUGGAACCUCUCUUAGGAAACAAGAGAUAAGGCAAGUAUACCAAAAUCUCCUUGCAGGAUUUUACCUUGCAGCAGAAGUGAUGCCAGAAGCUUAGCAGAUUACUUCCAGGGGCUUGUUUCAUAUAUAAGUACAUGCUAGCAGUUCAUUGGAAUGAAUCUUUUUCCCUUAUUUGUCAAUUAUCCAGCAUGACAUGUACAGUAAUAUCUUUUAACGAUUGUGACGAAGUUUUGCCAUUUCAUCCUUUUAUUUUUUAGAAAGGUCAUCAAAAGGGUGGUAGCUUCAUCAUCAUUUGGAUUGUUGUGAGUUGGGUAAUAAAGAAAACAAGCAGUGGAAGGAAGAGAGAGGGAAGAUAAAACCUGCAUUCAGGUUGCUGGACCUUGCUGUGUAACAGUUCGCAGAGAUGCUUCGUCAAGGGAUUUUUGACCUGCUUGGUUACUACGAGUUACUGAAUGUUGCUGGGCUGAAAACAGACUGGUUGCCUACACUAGUACAUUCAUAUUGGUACUCUGUUUUAUUUUACCAUACAAAUGCAAAUAUAGAUAUUAGUUGAAUGGGAGCAUAAAAAAAAUAUACUGUUUUAUUGUGCUAUACAAAUACAAAUAUAAAAGAAAUAUGCUAAAUAGCUUCUGUUUGUCAAA